UAUUACACGUUUCCUUGAGAAGCCACUGCCCCAUGAAACAGAGUCCAGGUGUGCCAGUGUGGUCUUCUACUGUCUCAGGAAGGAAACCUUACCCCUGGUGCAGGAAUAUUUGGUUUUAUAUCCAGAAGUAGAGCAAAGAAAUUUUGGUCAUUUCAUGCAAUGGAUAAUAGACAGCAAGAAGACAAAAGUAUAUGGCCUGAAAUUGCCCACUGGUUUUCAGCUGAUUGGUCAAGUGGGAUUAAAAGAUUACAAGGAUUGGCUUGGUGUAUUUGCAAACAGGCAGUCGGCUGAAAAGAAAAAGAAGGAAACAACCAAACGGGCAUAUGCCAGGGUAGGUUUGUUUGGAAACCCAUCAGAUGGCUAUUAUGGAAAGACAAUUUCAAUGUCUAUUAAGAACUUCUGGGCAGAGGUGACCAUCACGGAAAGUGACCAUCUUGUGCUAUUACCUCACCCCUUGAAUGACCCUACAGAGUUUGGUAGUUUGGCAGAUCUUUAUGGGAUAAGUAGAAAAGAAGGGUACUUAGGUGGUCUCAGACUGCUGCAGGCAACAUGUAAGAAGUUUUACCAGUAUUGCUCAGUAAGAGGGAUUGCACUGGCAAAGAGAAACUUCACUCUGAAGUAUGACACAAACAUUCCACGGCAAGUGGGGCUUGCUGGUAGUAGUGCAAUAGUCACAGCCACUCUGGACUGCCUGAUGUUCUUCUUUGACCUUACAGAUGCUAGAUAUUCACAGAACUACCCAGCCCCAGUAGAUGUAGUUGGAGGAAAUUACAUUCCUUUGAAUAUAGAUGCCCUUCCUUCAUUUUGGCUGGCUUAUAUAGCAGAUCCUAGUGAUUCUGGAAAAAUACAUAGUAAUAUUAAGGAGCGAUGGAAUGCAGGGGAUUCUGAAGUAAUUGGUGCUAUGCAAAGAUUUGCUCAGAUUACAGACAGUGCCAGAGAGAGCAUUGAGCAACAUGACUGGGAGAGACUGGCAGCACUAAUGGAUGAGAACUUCGACCUUCGAAGACAGAUAUUUGGUGAUGCUGCUCUUGGUGAGGCUAAUUUAAGAAUGGUGGAGAUAGCUCGGCAGUUUGGCUCUGCUGUUAAAUUUCCUGGUAGUGGUGGUGCUGUCAUAGGACUGUGCCUGGAUAAAAACAAAGUGACUGACAUGAUAACUGCAUUCCAAACUGAAGGUUUUGUUGUAUGCGAAAUCUUACCUCAUCCUGCUGAAUCUUUAUCAUGACCAAUUGGACAGCACUGCCGUAUCAAGAUAAUCCAUGUGUUUUAAUAGUAAACAGACUGUGCAAAUUAUAAUUAUCAUAAAUACAGUAUCCAUUGUUUUAAAAUAAUUAGGAUAUAUAUAUACCCUUGACGUUUUUUAUAACAAGAUGAAGUUAAAUCAUGUAGUCUGUAAAGUGAUGGAAACUAUUUAUUUGUUUAUUUAUUUAUUUAUUUUGUGUAUUAAAUUGAUCCUGAAAAACAUCACACAUGAGAAGCUAAUCUUAAGUUGAUUUAAUUGAAAUAUAUAAAAAUGACAUUGGUAUUCAUGUAUAGUGGCAAUUGUAAUCAGAGAAACAAAAAUACAUUUCCAUUAUAUGCCACUUAUACUUUUAUAAAAAUAUAACAAAGUGAAUCAAUCAAUAAAAAAAAGAUGUGGUAAAGCAAGAAGUUUGUCUUACAGAAAAUGAAAAGAAACAUGAAAAAUGUAUAUUCACAUUUAUUUUUAUUUGUUUGUUACGUUUCAUUUGUUUGUUGAUUAAAAGGUUAUCACAAACGUUUUAAGUGUAUCCAAAGCUCAAAACUGAGCAACUUAUUCAGAUAAAUUUAAUAUAACUAAAAUCAGAGCACAAUUUUAAAAUGCAUAGUUAUGUUUUCUGUUUUA